AAGCUGAUAUUUCAUGAUUGCUUCAGAAUUCCGCGCUCUAUAAAAUUCUAGAAAUGUCAUCGUCGUCCUAUUCCUCACCUUCUUCACCUCGCAAGCCCUUUAAAGUGAAAAGAAGGCCCGUUCCGGAUUCCACAGUCUCCGACCUUAGUGCAUACUUGGAACAAUGUGUUCAGCAAGAUUCAUCAGGAUCCUUGGACAGUACGCCAUCAUUUCGCAAACGCAACCUUUUCCCAGACACCGUGCACUCGCCAACAAUCCGAAUGCAGCAAAUACUGGAUGUAGUUGAUGAUCAGUUUUUGAGAACAUGGUUUCGCAAAAACUACGAAAAAGUUGAAGGAUGUGAUUUUCUAACAGUAGAAUUAACAUGCCUACUGCAACAGCAUGUACCUGGAAUACAAGUGAGCAAAACUUAUUCGCCUAAACUUCUAAUAGAAGUGUUGAAGAUGUUCAUACAGGAUCUUCUCUUCAAAUUUGAAAAGAUCAACAUUGAAAUUGGAGAAUUAUCUGGGUCUGAAUUUGCAGUAAAAAUUGAGGAUCAUAAAAGAAGAGUUGUGGAAAUAAUUAACGAGUACGAGCGCAGGCUGGCGGAGACUACAGAAGAACUUUUCCAAUGCAGAGCGCACAUCAUGCGCUUGGAUUCGGAGCUGACUGCAGCCUUAUCCAGAAUUCAGUACUUGGAAGAAGGAGAAGCAUGGUCCAAGGAUUUAGAUGAAGUUCCAGCUAGUCAAGAAGAAUUCGUGCAAGAAUUAAAAUCAAGGUUGGCUGCGAAUGAAGCCUAUGCGAGCAGCUUGAAAGAAGAAAUGGCAAAAGAGAGACAGAAGAACGAGAUGCUACAACUCCAGCUAGGAAAUUCUAAGAAAGAACAGGCACUAGUUGAAGAAGAGUGUAUGAAAGAGAUUGCCAGCUUGUCUCGGAAAUCAGAGCUGAACUCUAUGAUUGAGCAAGCGAUGAUGUCGAUGUUAGGAAUCAGUGGCACAGAUUCCGACCUGGGAUUGAAAGCCAGAAGUCCAAAUAUAGAAGAAUGCAAAACUGUAGUUAAAAGUUGGUUAUCUCUGAUGAGAGAAGCCAUAGGCCAAAACCAACAAGAAAUUAAUCAAAUUAUGCAUGAAGUCAAUCUGAAAAAUGAGGAACUUGCCCAGAUGGAAUUCAGACUUGAACAAGCUCAGGAAAGACUAGAAGAUUUAGAAAAACAGGAAAGAAUGAUCAGAGAGAUCAUUCGAGGAAAAGAAGAAGACGUUAUUUCUUUAGAUACUGCAGCACAAGAAAUGACAGAAUAUAUUCAGCAGUUGGAGCAAGACUGCGAACUGCUUGCUCAAACAAUUGAACAAAAGCAAACAGAAAUACAACAAAUGUCAGAUUUCAUUAACAAAUUAAAUGUAGCAGAGCGUUAUGAUGAUCAUGCAGGGAUUUAUCCACAACAAUAUAUGGAUUAUUCAGCUUCUUCCAGAGAUAUACAAGCUGCUCAGCCUUCCCCAUACAUUAGCACACCACAAGAAAGACAGGGACUUAUCACUGUUCCAGGAAAACAGAAAAAAUUCCGCACCCUCCCACAAAGAGAAAAAUGCUCCAUAUAG